GUGAGAUGUGAACGAUGGGCAAUACCCUCGCUGCAUUCGCGCCAACUCAGCCACUCCCUCAUCAUCGCCCUCCCUUCGUCAGACCUCUCGUUCAGCCUCUCGCCCGACGGAGGCCCGUGCGGCGCACCGACGCUCCCAUCGCAUGUGCAGCCUCUCUGGAAGAGCAUGAGUGGCGGAGAUCUGCCCGGCGCCACCGAAGGGACGUGCUGGGACUGCUAGGGAUGGAGAACGAAGGCGACGAGGUGUCUGUGAAGCUGCACCACGACCCAGCCCAUCCCAUCUUCAACUUCAUUCUGGAGUAUUACGGCUUCAACCACGCUGAUCUGCAUCGCUACUCGCCUGGCUCGUGCAUCUUCCUCCAGGGCGCUCUGGCGGACGAUCCCAGGCUGCACAGAAAAGCAUUCGUGGCGGCCGAGGGCGGCGGGUUCUUCGACCCUGGCCUCAUCCCAGAGAAGCGCUUGGCGUGGUUCAAGUGGAUUGCGGAGCUGCUGCGGGUGACAAUGGACCGUGAGCCGUCAUUCAAGUGCUUUGGUUGGAGGACACAAGGCGUGGAUGAGAGGGGGAAGGCAUGGUUGGGUGUCUGUCUGCUUGUGCGCAGGUCUUCACGAGUGGGCGAUGCUGUAUCGCCCGGCUGCAGAUGAGGACGCGCCUGUCAGCCGGUUCCAACAACUGCGACUGCGACUCAGCCAACAAGAGCUCAACAUGGUAGGUGCUAAAGUGACCCGCCCCAACACAACACAACACAACACAGACAUCACAAUGCCGAUGUGUCCAUGCUCUGUGUGGGCGCAGGUCGUUGAGGCCGGCCUGCUUUCGUGCACUCACUAUGACGCCUCGCGCCACUUCCCACACUCCGCCCUCCCCCUCAACGCCAUCCAGCCGCCGCCAUCCAAGUCAAGACGGCUCAAUUUGGAACAACCUGGGUGCGUCCACACCAACAUGGACCUCUUCAAGUGGGCCGUCAAGGCCGUCCCAUUCAUCCCCAGCGACAUCGUCCGGGAGGCCCUCAGCAUUGCCAUCGAGGCGCGGGUCCUGGACAUGCGUGCGAGUCCGUAUGACCUGACCAAGGUGUCUCUGCAAAGGGGCUCGGCGGACUUUGAUGCAUCGCCUGUGAGGGUGGAGACGGCUGGAGGGCGGGAAGACUAUCAGCUGAUGCAGUGGGCGAUACAUCGGAGGGCGAAGCCUCUUCGCGAGCGGCUGCUACACCAUUACGAGAAGAUGCUGACCGACGCUGCUGGGCGGAGGAGGCCGUGAUUGAUGUGUCUAUUGAGUGGUCGGAAGAUGUGUGUUUGCUAUAUUGAAGCUGCGUGGAGAGUGUCGAUAUCAGCGUGGCAGCUGCAUGCACGUGAGUGAGAUGGACGGAGGCGAUGGGACCAGGUUGACCGACAGAUUCAUUCAGGCUGUGCAUAGUACAUUGUUGCGAUGUCCUCGAUCCCCACUUUAUUGGCAAAGAAGAAGAGGUAUGAUUCAGUAAUGGCUGAAUGCAGCCACU